AAUUUUAAAGAUAGAAGGUAAAUGGUGUGAUGAGUGAUCGGAAUAGCACCGCCGCGUCUUUUCACUUUUUGGGUCAGAGAGCGCCUCCAAUAAAUUGUUUGAUUGGAUAAAUACCAAUUAAUCACAAAUUUUAUCCACUUGCCUCGUUUUUUGCAUUAUCCAUCUCCUUUUAACAUACUCUAUUAUUUUUCUCCUCAAAGAAGAAAAAAAAAACAAAAAAACUUGAGCAAACAUGAUGAGAAGUCAACAGGAUCAACAAUCUAAGCUUCUUUAUGAGCUUUCUACUUUGAUUUUCAAUAUCCUCCGAUCUCCAACUACGCCCUUUGAGUUUUCCGAUCAGUCACCGGUUAUCCAACGCAGUACACAGUUGCCGACAGUGAGGCCGAUGCAGCAGAUUACUCCCGCCGGCUUUGCUUCCUUGCUUCUCGGUAUUUCCAUGGCUUUGAUGCUAUGUGGAUCUGUAACCUUCUUCAUUGGAUUUUUCAUGAUGCCUUGGAUUAUUGUGUUCGUUAUGGUUUUGUAUCUAGCUGGAAUUGUUUCUGUUUUGUCAAUGAUUGGACGAGCUAUUUUCUGCCCUAUGUCUUCAUCACAAUCGCAUAGUCAACGUUAUUUGCUAGGUAUCAGCUCAUAUAAGUUAAACUCCUUAAUGAUGAAAUCAGGUGCGGAGGUUUGGCCGGGAGAAUUGGACAGGAAUGAAUGUUUCCAUGGAAGUGAAUGUAAAAGCUUUAUUUCUUGAAAGAAUGAAAAUUGGAAGGUGAGGUAGCUUGGUGAGUUCUGUGGCGUGUAAAAUAUUGUGAAACAAUUUAAACAAUUGUACUGGCACAGAACAACGGUGAGGAGCAUGGUCGUACUCUUUACUAGAUGCAGUUUCCUGCAAUGUUUAAAGAAUGUAUGGAGGAUGAAUACAUUGCAUGCUGGUGUUUGUUGCUGGAGGACACAGCUUAGGCAUUUGAAAGUGAAAAUAUUUGAUUAGCUACAACUUUACUGUAUAGAAAGACACAAAAUGGAUGUGCAUGUUAUUUUAUCUUAGUGCAACUAUGUUGUAUUUCUUGUGCCAUUACACAUGUAGAAACAACACCCCACCCCCACCGCGCCCCGAGUGAUAUUGCAACUACAAUCAAAGCUUGAUUAGUAUUUCCCUGAUAUAUGAUCAUGCCCAUUGGAACAAUAUUUGAACUUGAAAACUCACUAUCUGCUAUUGCAUAUUCUAUUUUUGUAACAAAAGCCACAUAUUAACUAUGGUGUAUGUUAUUGAUUUUUUCAGUUU